CAUCAUUGGCAUCACCCAGCACCAUCAGCAUUACCGAAGUUACACGUUACGAACUGUCAUUCGUUUGUACAAAUCCCGAAUCCCACUAACCGCUACACGACUACACGAGAUUAGAAGAUGAACGUUACACGUGUCGCGUGCUGUGAUGUUAAGAGUUAGAAGAGAGUUUCUAUUAUUGUAGAAAAAUAUACCUAAAAGUCAUUGCGAUUUUGUCGAUACUCAACGCACAAAAUGAGAACUUUGCUGUUUUUUGGUCUAUUUCUGAUGGUUGCCGAUGUGGAGCCCAAAGAAGUCGAUCUGAAGCAUUUGAGAUGUUUAGUUUGUAGGGCAACUAUGAGAGAAUUGGAGGAAGAAGUGCUCAGAGCUAAUCCGAACAAAUUAAUCGACGUAGGUAAUUUUAGGAUGGACGCUCAAGGAAAUACCAUAAGUAAGAAGAUUCCAUUAGGUCAGUCGGAAACGCAUAUUUCAAUGUUACUGGACAAUAUCUGCGACAAGUUAGCUGAUUACGUGAGAGCGACGAGGAAAUCCGACAAUCAGUUAACGAUCUUCAACCUCAUGUCCCCGUCAGGUGGUAUGAAUCCUAUGAUGAGCGAAGUAGAUAUAAUUCAAGAUGGUGAUUUAAAUAAGAGCCUCCAGCAUUACUGCAGCGCUAUAGUGAGUGAAUUUGAGGAAGAUAUAGUGUCAUUAUACGUCAAUAGCAUGCAAAAUAAGGAAAAGGAAUUUUGCACAAAGAUUUCGCGUAUCUGCAACGAGAAUUAUGUCGAUGAUGAAGACGACGAUGAUAGCGACGAUGGUGAUAAUUAUGUUGAUGCAGAUUUUGACAUAGAUAGAGAUGAAUUGUAAAUGCAUUUGGAAUAAUUUUUACAGAAAUAUUACUUUAUAUGUGUAAGUAAAAAGAGAAGUAGAUAUUAAGUAUAUACCUAAUUCAGCUGUUUUCAUCUUGCGAAAAAUUCUAUGAAUAUUAAUAAGAAUAAUAAAUAUUCCACAUUUUACAAUGCAAUUAAUUACUCUCAAUAUUUCAAACUUAUUACGAUUAAAUGCUAAAAUGCUAAAAUGUAUAAUUGUGAUUUAAACGUGCAACAUAAAGGCAACAGAGAUUUAUCGCAGAGAGUAUUUCGACAGUUAUAAAAAUAUAAUUACAUAUUUAUAUUAUAAAAAUGUAUAAAAGAGAAAAAAUUAAAUAAAUAUUUU